UAAUACCAGUAGCUGUAUUGUAGCUCCAGUGAUGCAAGUUUUUAUAUUUGAACUGAAGUUAAAUAUCUGGGUGUUAUUCUCUCCAAAAGAAGAAAAAACUAACAAGAAAUGGCUUUCACAAACCUUUUCUCGCGUCUGUCUGCUGCUGAAGUAGACGUGAAGAGUCCUUUUCAACCAGACUUGUUGGCUCACAGGAACGAGACUGGUAAUGGCAAAAGAGGCAAUGCAAGAAAGAGGAAACCCCAGGGUGAGCAGAUGAGCUGUUUGGAAAAGAGGCCAUGCAACCAGACCCAGAGCGCCAGAAGCUAUGAAGCUGCAUCCUUCAGAGAUGACGACCAUAAAGCCAAACACUACUAUAUGCAGAACAGUCAACAUACUAAUGCUGGCAAACGAGGAAGACACAACUACAGGGGUAAAGCUGGCCACCAUAACACGUCUCCCAAUGUUCACAAUAACAGAACCAACAAUAAUCAUAAACGGAACAUGCAACAUGAGCAAAAGGAGAGGACGGAGUGGCAGAACAAUCAACAUCAUCAGAGGGAUGGGUGGAGACCUGCGUAUAGAGGGGGCAGACAUGCUUCAAGAAAAGGUGGACGGGGCAAAGCGAAGGGAAAGCAGGACUCCGAGGUGAAACGCACAAGAUUCAUGUCAGAGGAGUUCAAGGAGCAGAAUGCGUUGUGUGUGGAUGGUCGCCUACUCUGUAAACAUUUCCUGUUGGGAAAGUGUAUUAAGGCAGGAUGGCGACUGCCAGCUGGAACAUAUUCAGGGUUACAACGAUCUCUUUAAGGAAGCGUGCAAGUUUUACAUCCAAGGAGCCUGCUUUAAAGGAGAGAGCUGCCCCUACAUGCACAAGUCCUUCCCUUGCAAGUUCUUCCACAGAAGAGGAAAAUGUUUGCAGGGAGAAGAUUGCAAAUUUUCCCAUGAGCCACUGAGUGACCUCACAAAGAGACUGUUGGAUGAGGCACUAAAACGAGAACAGGAACUUUAUGAACUGGCAAAGAAAGCUGAACGAGAGUCGUUGGAGCAGCCAGUGAAUACAGACGAGUCCAAAAAUAUAGAUGCAGAUGAACCCCCUGAUAUACUCUCUCAACCACUGAGGCCUAACUUUUAUCAGCAUGUAGAGACAAACGCUGAGAAUGAAUCCUCGUCGACGCAAUCGGAAGAACCAACUGAAAACGUAAAGGAAGAAGAAAAAUCACAUUCAUCAGAUGCUGCCCAACCUCCCAGUUCUCCAUCAACUUACUCCAAUCACAAGGAGCCAGUUUGUUAUUCAGUUGAAGCAGUGCUUGGACCUCAACUAUCAAAACCUUUCCCUCGUUUCUUCACAUCUACAAGAAGUCAAGAAUCUGCUCCCCAGCCUCCUUCUGAAAGCACCUCGGUGUCCGUAUACCAAAACUUGAUUCCCUACUCUGUUGAAGCUCUUCUCAAGUCUUUCAAAUCAGUCGAAACACCCAAUCCUCCUCCUGCACAAACUUUAUCCUAUACACCAAAAGCUAACUUUGCAGAAAGCGCUUAUUCUCCGUUAAUCUCGGAUAUACAAAAUAAGGUCUGGUAUUCAGUAAAUGAAGGAAACAAACCCCGGGACAAAAUGUUCAAGAGCCUGCCAUCCCUCCAAACACACACAGGUCUGACUUCAAAGACACUUCCUGAUCUUAUUCUGGACUCUGAGGAUCACAAGACACAAGUUUUGAGUAUGCAAGAAUCCCUGAAACCUGUUCAUGAAGUCAAAUCUGAGUCGUGUCAUUCUCAGAGGUUUUUUUUCUCCAAUAGCAAAGGAGUCAUCAAAGAAAGUGUGCAUCUGUCUACAGAAAAUAAACCCUCUGUAAACUGUAAAAGUCUUUUUCAAGUGGCACCUGAUAAGCCCAGAACAGUUUUUCCAAGUGCCUCUAGUCUGUCUUCUGAAAAUCAGAUGAAGCCAAAUCUCUUUGCUCUCACGUCUGACUCGGGAGCCUCUUUUAAGCCGUAUGGUUUUCCCACAGGUUUCACAAAGUUCUCAAGUAAAGCUGCCGUUCUUACCAAACCAUGUGAUUCUGCCGACCCUGCCAGUCACCUCGCAGUCGAACUACCCCCCGAGAGCGACCCGGCACACUGCAGCAGUAACGGGCCGCAGGUUGGUCGUUUGGCAGGUGGACGUAAACCGGCCCUGAGAACAUCCUUUCAUAACCUCUUUGCAAGCCCGAUCACUGACUCCAUGAAGCCUAGAAGUGAUUCUGUAACAACUUCCACUUCUCCUAAAGGCUCGAUUCAAUCUCCUGGUCCUAAUCCACAAUCGGCACGUUUGAAAAGUAAUCAUCUUCUUACUGCAGUUAACCCUGACAAAGCCCCCACUCGGUCCUUUGUCAGCCUUUUUGAAGCUCCCCUCAAUGACGCUCCUCUCCCAGGUGUAUCCACACCACAUUAUUCACAGACUUUCUCUGCUUCAGAAAAGACAGUCCAGACGGUCGAUGAUGUGAAAGAAAUCUCUCGUAAGCCAAAAUUCCCUAACAUCUCCCCGAAACCUAAAGUAGAAAAUGAAGGCAAUUCAGCUGAAUGUAAAAAUCCGAUUAUGAAUCCCGCUUGUGGCCUCGUACCUGGUUCCGUCAGCGAGUGGUCUUCCAGUCCAACUCCUUGUAUUGUGAGUGAAACUACAACCCGUGCUGAUCAUCAAAUGCCUGAAAUGUCACUCCGUAAAGACGUCCCUGCAAGUUCAAUUCUGAGGAAUCUGUUUCUGCACUUGAGCCCGUACCACCAGAAUGAAGAGCAACAGGACAGUGCUCAGAUCGGAAAUGAAACUAAGGACAAAAUGAAUAUGGGGGUCUUUGAGAAGCAACAGAAGAAGGGAAAAACAAAGGGCAGGAGAUGACACCACAGACCACUGAGACAACAGAACAGCAGUCCUCCCAUCAGACUCCUCACAUCUCCCCGCAGGCAGCAGGUGUGUCCACCCUCAGCAUUCCAGGAUUAACAUCAGGUGAGAGACUCUGGAAAGCACAACUGCCCAUCGAAAACGCUGAUGCAGCAUCACAUCGGAUGACAUCAGAGGAAGGACGGGCGAAUGAGAACAUGGCGACCUAACCACUCAUGGAGCUUUUUAAGACUUUAGACACCAAGGUUAUUAAACUCUGGGAGUUUUUGGUGUAAAAUCAAACAAAAGUACUGAUGAAUAUUAUAUUGAAUCAUGAAAACAUGCACAGGCAUAAUAAAACUUAAUUAUGUUUUUUUUAAAUCGACAAACUAUGAGCCACCAGGAUUGUAUCUUGUGAAUUGUUUUUUGUUUAUUCUAGAACAUGAACAUUUUGCUUGUUUUCUGUCAUCAGAGAAGAAAACUGUCUAUACACAGAUGUGUGUAUCAAUGAAAGAGAGAGCAAAACACUCGUAAUAUGUUCUGCCUAAUUUAAACCUGCACUGUGGUGUGUGUGUCUCUACAUUUAGAGGUGCAUCAAACAUUGUGCACUCCUUUAAUAUCCGAUCUCCAAUGAGGACAAUCUCCCGCAAUAGUCACAGGCCAGGUUUGAGAUGUGUGCUGGUCUAUAGAGUAAAACAAAAAAGGACUCAACUCAAGGUUUUCUUUCAAUGCCAUCUUUUACAGAAGAUAGAAGUUGGAGAAUAACAAAUGAGACAUUUUAUCAACACAUCACAGAUUCCAUAGUCUGUAUAAAGAUUGUAUAGAGAUGUUAUUCCCAUGAACAUUAAAGAUAUACAUUUACAGUA